CGGGGAAUAUGAGGCCAAGGAGGGAAGAAUGAAACAGUACAAGGAAGCGGCCAAGGAGUUGCUUAAGGUAUUUGAGGCACACUCUCUCACCCAAAUACCGAGGGCUCAGAACUCCGAGGCCAACACACUAUCUAAGCUCUCGGCCGACUCCCCCGAGCACAUCUCCAAGAUUGCUAAAAUGGAGGAACUCAGCCUCUCAAGUAUCCAUGCAAGCCCCGUCAUGAACAUACAACAACGCCAAGAGGAUUGGAUCUCAGAUAUCACCGCCUUCAUCUCCACAGGGCAGCUACCCGAGAAUGAGACCCGCGCUAAACUGGCAAAACUGAGGGCUCCUAGCUACACCAUUGA